AUGUGCCUGUCUUCACUAGCCUCCAAUCAGCUGCUGGAGCAUCACUCUACACCCCCAUAUCUAGCCAAUCAGCUGCGUGAGCGUCACUCUACAUCCCCACAUCUAGCCAAUCAGUUGCUGGAGCAUCACCCUACACCCCCACAUCUAGCCAAUCAGCUGCUGGAGAAUCACUCUACACCCCCACAUCUAGCCAAUCAGCUGCUGGAGCAUCACUCUACACCCCCAUAUCUAGCCAAUCAGCUGCUGGAGCAUCACUCUACACCCCGACAUCUAGCCAAUCAGCUGCUGGAGCAUCACUCUACACCCCCACGUCUAGCCAAUCAGCUGCUGGAGCAUCACUCUACACCCCCACAUCUAGCCAAUCAGCUGCUGGAGCAUCACUCUACACCCCCACAUCUAGCCAAUCAGCUGCUGGAGCAUCACUCUACACCCCCACAUCUAGCCAAUCAGCUGCUGGAGCAUCAAAGGACAGACAGAGGAGGAUAUACUCCUCUCCCCCUGUUCCCCUCCUCCUCUCCCACCCCUCUACAGGAGCUGCGGGUCAUCCCCUGUGCCCACCGGUUUCAUAAGAAGUGUGUGGACCCUUGGCUCCUACAACACCACACCUGUCCUCACUGUAGACACAACAUCAUCGAGCAAAGGAAGGGGAACCCCGGCUCCGUCUGCAUGGACCCAGUCUACAGCCGGCAGCAGAGGGUAGUCCUGCCUGUCCACUACCCUGGAAGGGUGCACCGUUCUGGGCAGGUGACUGCCUACCCCACCCGCACCUCCAUGGACCCCCAUGGUAACCCCAUCACAGUGCUGACAGUGGACCAGCACUCAGACCCCCAGGGCCUGUACCCUCCCCAGUCUGCCCACUCCGGGGCCUUCCUCCGGGACUACCACCCCCACCCAACCCUGCACCUGGACCACUCUCUCAACCCCCAUCACUGUGAGCUGCAGCACCAGCACCUGGGCCUCAACCCCCCCGCCUACCCCCAGUACCAGCAGCCAGGUCCCCGCCACGGCGCCUUCAAGAGGCCUAAGUUCCACGGACGCAGCUUCUCGCGGGCCGCCUGCUACUCGCAGUACGAGACCAUGUACCAACACUACUACCUCCAGGGCCUGACCUUCCCCCAGCAGGGUGAGGGGACCCAGGGGGCAGCAGGCGUAGGAGGGGUGACUGGGAGCGCCGGGCCCCACAAGGACCACCACAGCAUGGCUUUCCAAGGGGGGCUGCUCUACCCCACGGUGGUCCACAUGGCCGCCAGCUCCAGGUUGGCUGAGGCAGGGAGCGGUGCCUCGGGGCCGGGCUGUUACCAUGGCCACCGCUCGGUGUGCAGUGGUUACCUGGCCGACUGCCCGGGCAGCGACAGCAGCAGCAGCUCUGGCCAAUGCCACUGUUCCUCCAGUGACUCUACGCUGGACUGUACAGAGAUCAGUAACCAGGGGGUAUACGGAUCCUGUUCCACUUUCCGCAGCUCCCUGAGCUCUGACUACGACCCCUACGUCUACCGCAGUAAGAGCCCCUGUAGGGGGUCGCAAGGGGAGCCAGGGGCCACGUCUGCAGGGGCCUCCACCACCUGCCCCUCCACAGCCGAGGAUUCCCUAACCCCAGCUCCCUCGGGGGGACACAAUGGCGACAGCCUACAGCCACAGCCUCUUCCUGGAACCUCAGGGUUCAGUGUGGGGGACCAGCUCUCCAGCUGCAGCAGCCGCUCGUCACUGGAACAACCCAGGGACACCAGCACCACUAGCACUACCUCAGCCAGGCCUCCAGAGGGAGCCACAGUGGACAUGGGGAAGGGAGGGCAGUCAGGGGAGGAGACAAGGGGGGAGCAUGGCUUGGGAAGAGCAGGGGCAUGUAGCUGCUGUUUCCAGGUGCUCCCUCCCAACAUGGAGUGCAAAGGUCAGCAGGGAUAUCAGAGGCAGGACUCAGACUGGGUGGGGCCUAUGGCCUCCUCGGGACGUGGCUGUCAGAGGGGGGCAGAGCAGAACUUUUACCACCCCGGGGAGCACCUGUUGGCUCUGUCGGAGCAGGUGAGCUAUGAGGGCCUGCCCUAUUGCUUCUACAAGGAGAUGAAGGUUCACCGGGCCACAGGGGGGCGCUAUAAUGAGGACUAUGCCGUGAAUGUGCAGUAUGCGCACCACGCUGCAGACUCGGAUGCCUGCUGUGGUGUGCUCAGCCAGAGAAUACCCAUAAUCCAGGGCACAGACUAUGAGCUGGGCUUGGGGACGGAGACUCUGUAUCAGAGCAGCCUACUGCUAGCCAGCCUCACCUUAGGGCAGGGGGGCGAUGGGCGGACUGGUGGGCGGGUGGAUCCUGGUGAGGGAGGGUACUUCACCUCAGGACAGUUCAGUGGUCAAGCGAACCCCACCCAGGAAGAAGAGACCAGGGUCCUGUUCCACCCCCUGAACUACACUACCCACGAUGCAUCUGGAAACAGUAAAGCUACAGACAAGGGUCUGGGGGUAUGAGGGGCUGUGGAGCCCAGAAACAGGGACUCAAACAAACAGCUUGUUUGGUACCUAACCGGUCGGUCGGUCAGUCAAGAAAACCUCAGUUGCCUUGCUUUUUUUAAGCCUCUCGCUUGCUGAACUCUGAAUGUCAUCAUCCUAGAUGGUGAUGGUGUAGAUUUCUACUGAAAUGAUAUGAUGGCCUGCCUGGCGUAUCCAGACAUAACCAGUUCAUUCCUGUGGUCAUCAGCAGCUCAGCAUAAGCCCAGCUCAACCAACAUGACACGUGGCCACGCCUCCCCAGCGGAGUCUACAGGCUCAGAUAGAUAGAGAAUCAGGCUACAGCAUAUGGGUGGAAGUUCACGGUGGUUGGAUGUAACAGUGGAUGGCUUGGCAAGGCCACAAAUCAACACGUAGGCUGGCCCAGCCCUCACAGUACCAUGGGUUCCAGACAGGGUCAGUCUGGAUCCUGAGACCCAUUUGGAGAGAAACAAACUGUGUUAGCAGGGCCCAGUUUGUGAGAUUUUUCUUCUUCUGGUCUAGUAAGUUGUUCUUCACCUCUGGACUCUGGUCUGUGCAAGUUGUUUGAGGAUACAUUUCAUUAGUUUUAUAAUCACACACAUACCUGUGUGUACAUGCAUAUGUACUUUAUGUAUGUGUUUAUUGUACUUUACCGCUCUUAUGACAAAACGUUGCAUAUACAGCUUGGACAACAAGCGUCAACAAACCACCAAACUCAGAUGAAAGGUUAUGGAAGAGUACCAAAACAUCAACUCAUUUUCUUUUUACGGGGUUGGGUGGAGGGGCGGGGUCCUUGCCAGUUGGAGGGGAGGCAGUUCGUCACAGUCACACAUUCUUUCAUUGAGCUAAGCUAUACUAACUAGACUACAGUUCUCUCUUGGGAUACUCAAUGGGGUGCAAUAUUCUAGAACAAUGCAGAUAGAAUGUUGAUUCAGUUCUCUGUUCUACAUAAUAGAGAGUCUGUUCUAUAUAGAAUACAUGUCUAUCUGCAAUGUUCAGAACAUUGCGCCUUCUAGAACAUACACCAGACCAGGCCUUAGGCCCCUGAGCCAUCCUUACCAUCUUGGGCUGUGUCACCUUUUGACCAAAUAAAGGUCCACGUAGUGACAGGGUUUCUCUGCGCUCGUAGAACGACAUUUGGAUAUCUUCAAAGGAUUGGAUUUAUAUCAAGUUUAGUCACUACUUGUGCGUUAGAAGCUCUUGUUUUGUUUUAGUUUUUUUUGCAGUCACUCAUCUAGCCUCCUCCUCAACACUUAAGCUAUAAUAUACGGCUAUAAUAUACAAUUCUAAUAUGGUUCUAUAAAGCAGUUGUGUGUCAAAAAAAGACCAAAGGAAAAAUGAUUCACAAGGGAUCCCUUUUAUACUGUGGCUGUGGGUGACACUGAGCAGUUACACAGAAAGCAGCAUGUCUGAUUCUUUUAUUUGAUUAAAUCAUACAGCCCACAUCAUGCUCUCAAACAAUAUCAGCGUUGUUCAUUCAUGCCUUCUUUCUGUUGGUUUUACAGACUGUUUUUAAUGUUUCUAUGAAAUGUACCCAUUGUCUUCAGAGGCAAUCGUUUUGAAAUAGCAAUAUUUAUAUGUAAACCCAGAGCUGUAAUCAAUGAACGAUAUUGAGAAUCUAAUCUUUCCUUUGCAUAAAGAUAUGUACUACAAAUAUAACAUGUUGGGUUUACCCCAAGUCACUAUUUAAUUGUUUAGUUUUAUUAUUUGUAGCACUUAAGAAGAUUGUAUUAAAAGAAAAUUUGUACACAAAAUUCAUAUUUUUUAUUUUUAUUAUUUUCUCCAUCAUUAUCAUUUUACAAAUGUUUAAAAAAGGCUAGAAAUCAAUCUGUAUAUUUCUGUAUCUGUAUUGCAGCAUAUUUCAUAAAUGGAAAUAUGUUCUCUGAAUAUUUAUUUACUAAUAUAUUUAUCUUCAAGCCAUGUCUUAUGUUGAGUGUAUGAACGUUUUUGAGUUAUUUGGUUGCUGUUUGUGAUAAAUCGCUAAAUACAUGGUAAUUGCACACAAAAUUAUUCAAUAUUCUCUGACCAAAAAUGUAUUUAAAAAAUGUAUUACCAUACAGUUGUGUAAUUAAAGUGUUCAAAGAUCU